AUGAUUCAAAUUCUUAUUCAAAUAUAUCGUAUCCAAUAGAUAAGCAACAAUUGUUAGCGGUUGUACCAAAAUAGUUUUUUCAGAAGUUCUAAAUACUUUUAAACUAAUAAGGAAUCUAAGAAUAUCAACCAAAUUGUGUUACUAUUGGUUAUGGAUGUAUUUGAACUAUCAAAUGCAAUACUUAGACCUGUUAAGAUUCUUGUAUAUCAAGACCAUAAUGCAUUUUAACUAAUACGAAUCUAAAAAAGGCAUCUUGCUCUACAAAGAGUGAAACAAUUCAAUCUAAUCGUGAUAAUACAGUCAUCAUACAUUAAGUUAAUAAGGCUACUUAUAAAAAUUAUUGUGCUUUGGACAGAACUAAGUAAGGUAUGUAGGGAUCAAGAUUGUGAAGAUCUACCUGUAAUUAUCAAUAUUCAUAAAAAUAAAAUGAUUUUUAUAAGGUUUAUUAAUUCCACAGGUCCUGGUUUUAUUACAAUGAUAGUUUGUUUUGGAAGUAAGAAUUAAUCCUUGAUACUAAGAAUGGAGGAUUAGGAAGAUGAGGAUGGGAAAAUAAUAAAUGUAGAAAAAUAAUUUUUCAAAAUUUGA